AUGUCUGGAUCAUCUCAAGCCUCACCUAAUCCCUUCCCGCCACCGCAAGUCGAAUCCAAAGACAUUAUCGUGGACCACUCAAAGUCAUCAAGGAUGCGUCUCUACGUCCCCACUACCGCACUAAACGGCGGCGUUGCGUCUAAAAAACUCCCUCUCGUUGUCUACUUCCACGCUGGAGUUUUCACCAGCCGCAACGUCUUCGAAUCUGAAAUCUUCACCUUGGUCGUUGGAGGUAUUGCGUGUGAGAUCAACGUGGUCGUUGCGGCAGCUUCGUACCGGCUAGCUCCUGAGAACAAACUCCCAGCGGCUUACGAAGACGGGGUGGACGCGGUUGAGUGGCUAAGAAACAACUCGGAAGAAGACGAGUGGCUCAAAUCUUACGCCGAUCUUUCUAACGUCUUCCUCAUGGGGACAGGCACCGGUGGUAACGUGGCUUACAACGUCGGGCUUAGAUUCGCCGAGGAAGUUCUAACUCCGUUAAGUAUCCGUGGAUUGAUCUUAGAGAGUCCCUUAUUCAGCGGCGAAGAGCUGUUCCCGUCUGAGCGUGGACACUUACUGACACUUACUGAUGUCAGUGUCUUAGACUCUUACUGGAUGCUUUGUCUCCCUGACGGAGCUGACCGAGAUCAUGAAUAUUCGAAUCCGACGGUGGGAGCUGGACCGGACAAUAUGGAGAAAAUCGUACGGUCGGGAUGGAAGGUUAUGGUGAGGGGAGGAGGUGAUACUCUGAGAGAAGUGGCGAGGUUGAUGAAGAAGAAGGGAGUUGAUGUGAUGGGGCGUCUUAACAGCGAAGAUCAGGAUGCUUCCGUCAGAAGUUUCAUUUACUCUUCUGCACCGUAA